AUGAUCGCGGCCCAGGCCAAGCUGGUGUACCACCUGAACAAGUACUACAACGAGAAGUGCCAGGCCAGGAAGGCUGCCGUCGCCAAGACCAUCCGCGAAGUCUGCAAAGUCGUGUCCGACGUGCUCAAGGAGGUGGAGGUGCAGGAGCCCCGCUUCAUCAGCUCCCUCAACGAAAUGGACAACCGCUACGAGGGCCUGGAGGUCGUCUCCCCCACCGAGUUCGAGGUGGUGCUCUACCUCAACCAGAUGGGCGUUUUCAACUUCGUGGACGACGGCUCGCUGCCCGGCUGCGCGGUGCUGAAGCUGAGCGACGGGCGCAAACGGAGCAUGUCCCUCUGGGUGGAGUUCAUCACCGCCUCCGGCUACCUCUCGGCGCGCAAAAUCCGGUCCAGGUUCCAGACGCUGGUGGCCCAGGCGGUGGACAAAUGCAGCUACAGGGACGUGGUCAAGAUGGUGGCGGACACCAGCGAAGUGAAACUGCGAAUCCGAGACCGGUACGUGGUGCAGAUCACCCCCGCUUUUAAAUGCACCGGGAUCUGGCCGCGGAGCGCUGCCCACUGGCCGCUUCCCCACAUCCCCUGGCCGGGGCCCAACCGGGUGGCGGAGGUCAAGGCGGAAGGGUUCAACCUCCUGUCCAAGGAGUGCCACUCCCUGGCCGGCAAGCAGAGCUCGGCGGAGAGCGACGCCUGGGUGCUGCAGUUCGCGGAGGCGGAGAACCGGCUGCAGAUGGGGGGCUGCCGCAAGAAAUGCCUGUCCAUCCUCAAAACCUUGCGGGACCGCCACCUGGAACUGCCCGGCCAGCCCCUGAACAACUACCACAUGAAGACUCUGGUCUCCUACGAGUGCGAAAAGCACCCCCGGGAGGCCGACUGGGACGAGUCCUGCCUGGGCGACCGGCUCAACGGCAUUUUGCUGCAGCUCAUCUCGUGUCUGCAGUGCCGGCGGUGCCCGCACUACUUCCUGCCCAACCUAGACCUGUUCCAGGGCAAGCCCCACUCCGCGCUGGAGAACGCGGCCAAGCAGACGUGGCGGCUGGCGAGGGAGAUCCUGACCAACCCGAAAAGUUUGGAAAAACUUUAGAGAACAGCGAGGCGUGACGACUCUCCUCAAAACCCUAAUUAAGUGUACACUUCCUGCGCGAUCCCUGAUACACCAUUUGACAGUGCAAACAAUCUCUUCCUUAAAAAGGAAUAAUGCAAUGCUUCGGCAUCAUCUCGCCCACCCCUCCGAGGGAGAAAAACAGUGGGGAAAGUAGAUAAAGGAAAACCCCAGCCCACCAGUAUUAGAGGCUUCUUUCAAAGGAUUUCAUAAUUCUCUUGGAAAGUACACAAUGGCACCCUGAAAACAACCCAGCUGUAACGCAAGACCACAGGGAACUCUGCCUGGCUAUCAGAGGAUUAUGGCAAUCCUGGUGAGUUAGGUGCAUCUGUCUGUGAGUAAACAUGAUCUGGAGAUGCCAUCUGAAGGAGCGUGUCAUGUGUAUUUCUAUUUGUAACAAAUAUUGUGAUCUCACAUUGUCUUUGAAGUGUGGAUGUUUGUGUUUUGUGAUUUGGUGAACAGAAGUUCAAUUGCCAUUUUGGAUACUUCCAGACAUUUUCCUCUAUCAAAGAUAACAUUUAAAGGUAGAUUUCCUCCCCAUACUUUAUCUGUCUUUGAAAGUGUCUGAACUUUUAAAAGUUUACAUUUUGUUUCAAAUAUAUUGCUUGUUCUA